AUGGAUUAUGACAAGCAUAUACACAAGGACAAGUUGAGCAAUGGUAGACCGGGAGCUCGUUCUAUUCUUAGAGAGCAAGUUGCCUCGAGCCUUCAGACCCUUGAGGUUCAAAAGGUCUUGCGGCACUACAGUCUACAGUACUACAAAACCUACUGCUACGAAGAACGGCACCAGGUGUAG